AAACACCUUUAAUAUUUUCUGUCACUCAACUUUCAUUUGAAAUAGUACCGCAAAGGUUCAGCUUGAACGAUGUGUGCUUGUCGGACAUCGAAAGUGACGUUUGGAGUGGCAGCUGUUGGACUCAUAUUAUGUUCUGUUCCCAUUCGGCCCGCAUCUCCUCCUCGACGGAGCAUCCAAGUGUUUGUUUUACUUGUUUUGUACUUGUUUUCUUUAACCUUUGGGGCGUUUGGAAGAGAGUGGCAUUUAAUGUUUUGAGGCGUGUCUGCUGACGUCACAGAGAGUGGCUUCUUACUAAACUGGUUUAGUCACGUGACUCAGGUGAUGCUUCUUACGAAGAUCACCCAUGUUGUCAUAACUUCUAUGUUUACUUUUGCAACUGAACUGCACAGAGCAGCUUCUUGAAUGCUUCACCAUGUGUGUGUGUGUGUGUGUUUCAGGUAGGUAAUGCCAGAAAGAAGUGGUGACGUUGACACGCGUGAAGCCUCACCCAUUGUCAGUAAUGACCGCCCGUCGUCAUCCUGCGACUCCUUGUCAGGACGACGCCCCGCCAGCCUGAUCUCGUCGCUGUCCUCGGGGUCCGCAUCUUCCCGUGACGAGGGCACGCCCCCAAGAUCUUACGCCAGUUGCAGCCUGGAUCCAAGCCCUGGUAAGGGAGGAACAGGUCACGUGCAGCCGUGGACACGCCCAAAAUGUGAGCAGGAGGGGCGGGGCCUUGGCCUCUCCUCGCCUCACUUGACCAGAAACAUGGCACCCAAUGCCCAGCCCACCUACUUGGACCGCGUUGUCAUGGAGAUCAUCGAGACGGAGAGGACGUACGUGAGAGACCUGCGCAUGAUUGUGGAGGACUACCUGGCCCACAUCAUCGACCAGGUGGACCUGGCCAUCCGUCCAGAGCAGGUGUGUUUCCUCUUCGGGAACAUCGAGGACAUUUACGAGUUCAACAGCGAGCUGCUCCAAGAUCUGGACCUGUGCGAGCAUGACGCCGUGGCGGUGGCCAGAUGCUUCGUGAUGAAGAGCCAGUACUUUGACAUCUACACUCAGUACUGCACCAACUACCCGAAUUCUGUGCUGGCGCUGACCGAGUGCAUGCAGGACUCGUCUCUGGCCGUCUUCUUCCGGGACCGCCAGGACACUUUGAAGCGCUCGCUGCCUUUGGGUUCAUACCUGCUCAAACCCGUUCAGAGAAUCCUCAAGUACCACCUGCUGCUUCAGGAGAUCGCUAAGCACUUUGACCCUGAGGAGGAGGGAUACGAGGUGGUGGAGGAGGCCAUCAUCACCAUGACGGGCGUGGCCUGGUACAUCAACGACAUGAAGCGCAAACAUGAGCACGCCGUGAGACUGCAGGAGGUCCAGUCGCUGCUGUUGAACUGGAAAGGUCCAGAUCUGACAACGUACGGAGAGCUGGUUCUGGAGGGAACCUUCAAGGUUCACCGUGCCAAAAACGAGAGAACGCUCUUCCUGUUGGAGCGCGUGUUGCUCAUCACCAAGCGGCGUGGAGAGCACUACGUUUACAAGACGCACAUCUCUUGUUCCACAUUGAUGCUGAUCGAGAGCGCCAAAGACAGUCUCAGCUUCAGCGUGAUGCACUACAAGCAACCCAAGCAACCUCACACUGUGCAGGCCAGGUCAGCGGAGGAGAAGGAGAUGUGGGCUCAUCACAUCAAACGUAUCAUUCUGGAAAACCACCACGCCAUCAUCCCACAGAAGGCCAAAGACGCCAUCUUGAGUUCCAGAUACCCUCACAAGUAUCGCUCCAGUCCUGACACCUUGAAGAAAGUUGUGUCCCGUUUGACGGAUGAGUUUCCACGGCGACGAUCGGCAGAGGCGAACAAAGGAAGCGAAAAGACCUCCAAAGGAGAAGUGGGCGUGGUCUCAAAGGAGGAAAGUGUGUUGAAGCAAAAAAGUGUACUUGAUGAGGAGGCAGGAAGCGAUGCAGCUGCUGAGCAGAUGUCCUUAGAUGAGCUGCUGCCAGAGGAACAUCCUCCUGAUUCCAACCCUUUGUCAGAGGAGUUGCUAGGUGAACAAGUUCCUGGGUUCGUAGAGGAACCGCCCUCUGCCGCCGCUGAGUCACAAUGUAAGCCACCAAGUAGCGGCGAGUCGUCUGAAGACGAAGACGGCGACCAAAACAGCAGCAUCCUUCCCUCGUCCGUCCUGGACAAAGCGGGCGUCAUUGCUCAGCACUUCAGCAGCAUCAAGCGAGGUGUUCUGGUCCAGGACGACGUCUGCUCACUCGGGGCUUCUCCGCGGUUGCCCGUGGCGACCGAGCACAUCGGACCAUCUUCGCAGCUCAACAGCAAUGACUUGGAUCUGAGUGAUGUCUCAGCUUCGACUGAUGUGACGCUCUUGUCUCCUCGAGGGGAUGUGGGACAAGGUGCCCUGCAAAGGCGAGACUCUGUCCUCUCCAGCCAGGACCAGCUUCUCAUUGGCAAGAUCAAGACUUACUACGAUAAUGCUGGGAACCGGGACGCCAGCUUCCGCCUUCAGCGCCGUGAGAGUCUAACGUACAUCCCAGCAGGCCUGGUGAAGACGUCCAUUAGCCGCCUCAACAGCUCCCAGACCAGCUCCUCACCCCCUAAUGUGGACCAACCUCAAUUAGCACCAAAUUCACCCUCAGGCCUUCUUCAAGGUCCUGUGUUCUCCAGUGACUGUUUGGAUGCUCAGAGUCCAGAAGAUCCUAAAGGUUCUGGGUCGGCCACAAGUGGAAUCUCCGGUGUCGAAAAGUUCAGACCUUCGUCUGAAAUGGUCCAAGUCUGGCAGGUGAUGGAGCGAAAGCUCGCAGAGACGUCCUCUCUUUCUGAAAUCAAAAACCCAAGAUUUCACGAGGACAGUGGAGCAUCGGUUCUCUGUGCCGUCACAGGAGAAUCCUCCAAUCCUUCAUCCCUCAAAUACAAAUCCAACGACCCGAUCCGGGCAGGAAGUCCGACCAAUCCUCCCGUCGCCCUCACAGCUCAGGUUCCUCAGCUCACGGCAGAUGAAGACGACACAGCUGAGAACAAAGUCCGCCAUCUUGCUCGUCAGUACAGCCAGCGGAUCAAAACGGUCCAACCUCUCGUCCGACAGCGAAGUUGCGGAAGUCUGACGAACAGAAACAAGUUGACCUGCGUUGUGGAGGAAAGCUCAGGUCGACCCAAUCUGAGUCUGGGAACCGUUCCUCCUGUGAGCCCUGUGGAUCAGGUCCGGCCCGCGAGUCCUGACCCUGCUGGUUUCUCCCCGGGUCGCACUUGCCCCCGCAGUCCUGUUCAUGCUCCUCAGCGCACUGAAGGCUUCAACUGGCCUGACGUGCGAGAACUGCGGUCCAAGUACUCCAGCCAGAGCCGAUCCGACCAGAGUGGCUCCACCUCGGAGCAGAAGUUUGACGCUGGCCCUCGGCGGCGUUCCCGGUCCUCCUCCGGUGACAUCAGUGACGUGCCGUCUCAGCAGUUGCACAACAGCCGAACCGCCAGCCACCACGAGUCCUGCAAACGACUCCACAGAACAAAUUCUCUGGACCCUCGGCUCGCGGCGCCGCACAUGAGUGAGAUGGCGGAGCUCCUAGGCCAGCAGGACGCUAAUGACAUCGAUGACCACGUCUCAGACCAGGUCCAUCUCUUCGUCACGGGGAAGCUUUCACCAGGAGAACCAUCGCCGUCUGCGAGCGCCACCAGAGACGAAGACGACGUUUACGUUCAGAUCCGCUCGCCAACCAGCCGGGAGAAGAUCUCCAUCAUGGCCGUCAUAGACCGUUGCCGGGCCUACCGGGAAUCUGACGAGUACAAAGAAAGGAGCGAGUCGCUGAAGUCCGCUUCGUGCUCUGGCGAUGACUUUCAACGAGCGAGCGCCACCUCGGGACAGAAGAACUCGGUGAAAAGUCUCCGAGAAAAGUUCCAGAACCUCAACUCCUAACAUCCUCUUUGUUGCCGACAUGUCAUGUGACGGGUGGGUGGGGGGGUCACAUGAUCUUCUGGAAAGCAUCGCCAUAACAACAGCAACAAUUCACAAAGAAAAAAAUCAUUUUAUUUUCAUAUGCAAAUGAGAUGCAAAUUUCACUUUACUACUUUUACUUUGCUGUAACAUUCAUCAACUGUAUAAAUACACAUGUAUACUACAAUAUGUAUGUGUACCAUACAUGUAUACUCUAAUACACAACAUAUUUAUACUAUACUUAUAUAUACUUAUAUAUUUAUACCCUACAUACACUGUAGAGUGCAUUUAUACUAUACUAGUUACACUUCAGCAUACUUCUAUACUGUAUAUAUAGAAAUGAUAUCUAUACUAUGUAUUAUGUAAUAUAUUUGUAUUAUAAGCUGUUAUAGUAUAUACAGUUUGUAGUACAUAUUUAAAGGAUACCAUUCAUUCAUUUGCUAUGCCACGAAAUCCUCACUGUACAUACCAUGCACUAUAUAGUUAUACUAACUAUAUACUGUAUGUACUAUUCUAUCGCCUUUAUGUUUACAUUAUACACAAUGAAUGUAUAUUUGAUGAUACACUUUACAGUAUAUUUAUACUACACUACACACUUGCCUCCAACAAGUGUGCCAUGACGGCAUCUAACACGCACGCGCAGUGUUUGCUAUGUUGGUGUGAAUGACGUCACUACAGGUCGUGCACGCGGUUCUGUUAGCAUCUGGAAGAUGAGCUAAUGGCACGGGUAGACACGUGACGUCAAAAAAAAUGUGCACAGCGGCUGUGCGCGCGUCCACGUCUUCCUCGCGACGCAGCCCUACGUGCGUGUGAGCGCGUGCGCAUGUUGCAGCAGGUUGAUGAUCAGGAUAUUUGUCAAGAAGCAUCGAGUUAUCCCGGAAACCACCGUGCCUUCACAAUAAAAGCGUAGACAUUUGUUCAGGAAAGGCGGCGUUCCGAAACACGUCAAGAAAUGUUAGUUUUAGCUUUUUAUUUGGCUUUCAUCAGUUGUGUUCGUACAUGUAUAAAACCU